AUGCCUUUGCAGUCGGAUGUGCGAGAGCGGCUGCAGGCUUUCCUUCGAGAAGCCUCGGAUGGCGACGGCCUUGUCCGAAUCGUGGAGAACUGCUUGAACUACUUGAAGUCCAAGCAUCUCUUGACCUCCAUGCAGUUGGAGGCGAGCCUUGUGGGGAUCCAUCCCUGCAACCGGGAUGGGUACGGAGUGAAUCCACAAGACGUUCGUGAUCUUGUGGACUCGAUUGUCGAUGGGGGCUAUGUCCCCACACGUGUGCAUGCGGUCGGUGUCGAAGUCGAAGGAGACUGGGUCCGGCAGUGGAACAAGAAGCUGUUCGAGUCAGCCCACGGUCUUCUCGGAAGCCUUGAGCCGGAAGCGAUCAAGAUCACUUCGAUCUGCGGAUCACAUACCAAUUGCGCUUUGCGACUUUUUCAACAAGGUGCAAGCCACGGCAACGAGGUCGUGAGUGUGGGUGGAAAGCUCAGCAUGGAGCUUCUUCGUGCUCGGGAUGCUUCGUUCCACGAAGCAGCUGAUCAAGGCCUGACGUGGGACGUGAUCUCCUCCUCCGUGGCGGAAGAGUUCCCAGAGCUGAUAAGCUUGAUAUCCCGGUCAGGCAACACAUCGCUUCAACGAGGAGAACAUGAGCUACAAGUACUCCGUCGCAUCCAUUCCACGUACUACCGCUUGCAGACUCAGACUGGCCAAGCACCGGCUUUUGCAUCUCUGAAGAAGUUGAUAUUGGCCAGCAAACCAAGCUGCCAUGCCUCCGUACCCCACAUGUUUACGUUUUGUCUGAAGGCUUCCGGGGGUGCCGAUGCGAGCUUCCUUCAGGAGACGGAGUCCUUUGUGCGGGCUUACUGCCCUUCUUCUCGGCAAUUGGGGCCUGUCCUGUGGGAGGCUUUCGGGCAAGAUUGCCGAGGGCACCAGUCAGAUCCCGUUGCAGCAUUUCGCCAUGCACUCAUGAAGCAGGCAUACUUGAGGCAGAAUGUGACCAUUGCUGAUGUGAAGAAGAUGACUUCUAAAGAACUCUUCCCCAAGGUCAAGGAAGCUGACAACAUGAUCCUCACGGUCAGGGGCAUCUUAAGGGAUGGAGCUCGCGAUUUCAUGACGGAUUCGCGGGUCGUGCAAGCUCUGGCCACUAUGGAUAUGACGAUAGCAUCGCACGUCCUCGGCAUCAAGGUGCCGGACGAGAAAAAGUACAAAACAGUCCAAGCGAUUUCGGUGUCUGAGCAAAGUGAACCAGCUGCAACUGCAGCGACUGCUUCCCAGCCUUAUGCUGCAGGUGUGAUGCUUGAGCUUGCUGAAGACGGCAGUAUCAAGGAACCUGAGAAGAUAUUGGCCUCCAAGGGUUUCGCUAUGGGUGCACACAUCCGUCGCAAGGUUGACAAAAGCGAGGGAGUUCUUUCAGAAGUGAAAGGUCAGAUGGUCUUUGUGAAGAUGGCUUCGGGAAAGACGGCCAAGGUGGAUCUCAAUGUUAUCCUGGCUGGAGAUUGGGUCGCGUUUGUUCCUCGUGUGCAGCCCACAAUGCUAGACAGCUUGGACCAGUACCAGCACCAUGUGGAUUUUGAUGCCAGCAUUCUUGCAUCGAAGAUUCAGCUUGAGCUCUACAAGCUUCACCAGUCCAUGGAGUGUGGAUCGGAGCACCUGAAAUUGCAGCUGAAGCCUUCGAGGGUGUUGCUUGCCAACUCGGACAUCAAGAAACUCUGCAUGGUGCCCAUGACCAACAAGGUCGUGCAGAAAUCCCAGGGCCAAGGCAACACCAUGUUUGAGGUGCAGACGGACUGGCAAGGAGACGACCGCAAGUUUUGGCUUUCCGGAGCCAACAUUCUACCCAAAGAUAACGACGACGACACUUGCAAACAUGUGGUAGUUCCCUUUUGGUUGGUGCAGCACAGCCAUCAGGAAGAGGAUUGCAAUGUGAAGCUUGUUUGGAUUGCGGGAACAGAGAAGAGCAUCAAGAUUCCGGUUUUUAAGAACACCAAGAAGAUCCCGGAAGGCAGCCCCAUUGUGGCUUUCAGAUCUAAAACGGUGCAGGUGGCUCCCUUGGAGGAAGUGGAGGACGACCACAAGACUUUGGCGCAGAAAAGAGCAUCGGCGAGCUCAGGUGGCUCCAGCAAGAAGGCUCAGAAGAAGUGCAUUGUUGAAGUUGCUGCUUGCAUGGAUGUGUUGUUUUCGCCUAGGCAGGGCAUGUGUGCUCGCCGGCAGAAAACAGCUCCAGCCUCGCAUCAAACCAUUUCCCCCGUGCAUCGCAUCAUCAUGGCUUGCUUCGAGAUUGUGACGAAACAGGUUGUCGUGCUGGGUGACCGAAGCUGGAUGCCAACCCAAAAGAGUGUCGACGACCGGGUCUUCUGUGCUGUCUCGAAAUGGUCCCCGCAGCUUGUCAAAAUGAUCACAGGCAAACGACUGGACUUGCGGUCCGGCCAAGGGGAAUCAUCGGGCGAGGGCCUGUCUACCGGGAGCAUCUUCGUGGAGAUGCUCUCCGAAAAUUUCAAUUGGCUCAUGGAGCAGGCGAAUCGACAAAUGCCUGAGUCGGACACCGUGGAGGUGGACGUCGAGGAUCCAGCGGCCGAGCCCAGCAUGCCCGACAUGUCAUUGCAACUGCUUUUGCAUGAGCCGCCUCCGAAGAGGUACAUGGACCCCGUGCCAAAGACCAAGGCUUUGCCCUCGAACUGGGACGAAGGAGAUCUGAUGCCGGACACGAAGGGCAAAGGGCACUACGUGUCGCUUUCAUCGACGAGCACGGGCAGGCUUGCCUUGGUCUUUGUGAUGGUGCUUCAGGUUUGCCUCUGCUUGCUGCUGGCCCCGUUGCAGGAGUGGGCGGCGGGCAUGGGGAGAAAGAGGGCCCGGACACGUGGUGGCCAAGGUGUCCGGGCACUCCAGGCCCAAGGGGCCUUGGAGGAGUCCCGAAGCCACAUGGAGGACCCUUGCUGCUUGCCAAUCCACGAGAACAGCAAAGCUGAAGACACCGCGAGCCCCGACAUGCAGGACUUGCGGGCCUCCCUCCACACCAUGGGGGUCAUGGCCGAGACGAUGAACCUGCAAGAGAAGCGAGUCCGUUGA